GGUGGCUCCUUAGAACACGGGGAAUGAAACGGAUCCCCCUGACGAGCUCUGACGUCUGGCCAAAUACUAUAGCCCAGUUUUAAAAUGACACAUGCACGGUGUCACGCAAGGGUAAAGUCUAAAAGUUUAGGAAAGAGCUAUUGUUGCUGGUAACUAAAAAUAAUCUAAAGUGGGCUGGGCAAGUGCAACAUUUCUUCCCCUUUUUAAAUUAGUCUAUAAGUAUGGGAUCCCAGGCGCUGCUCAGCCUACUUCUUUUCUCUCCAGUCGGCUGUCUUCUUCUCCUCCUCCGACGAAAGACGAGCUUGUCAGUACGCUGAGGUCACCGUCCCAGCCGCAAUGAGGGGUUUGUGUUGUACACAAGUGAUGAUGUUGUUUGCUGUGGCUUCUGCUUGGGAUACUGAUAUUCCAAAAUAUCGGCACAGAGACAAAGUAACCUCUAUCUACCAUACAUGUGACCAGUGCCCCCCUGGCACCUUUGUUAAGCAACACUGCAAUGCAACUAGUAAAACAUUGUGUUCACCAUGUCCUGAGCAACACUACUCUGAACACUGGCACUGGGACGAGCAGUGCCAAUACUGUACAGCCAUGUGCAAGGAGAGGCAAAACAUUCAGCAAAAGUGCAACAGCACGCAUAACCUGGCGUGCAGGUGCAUCGACGGCUACUACCUGAACCUGGAGUUCUGUGUGCGACACAAGACAUGUCCUCGGGGGUACGGAGUAAAGAAGCUUGGUACAGCAGAAAGUGACACCCUUUGUGAAAUAUGUCCUGAUGGCUACUUUUCCAAUGAACAUUCAGCAACAAAGCCAUGCAUGAAGCACACAGACUGCGGGGAGCUGAAACUGCGACUGCUAAUGCCUGGAUCUGCUGAACGUGAUGCUAUAUGUGACAGAAAUGACAAAGUGGCAUCCUCUCAGUGUUUGUCUUCUCAGUAUGAAUGCCAUGCAGACAUCAGUCUAUGUGAGGAGGCCGUUUUUCGAUUCAUUGCCUCUCAGGGGCUAACGGCGUACCAGCUAGAAGUCUUAAUGGACAACCUCCCUGGCAAGAAAGUGGACCGUAAAAACAUUGAAAGAAUUAAACAAAUGUGCAACCCCAAGCAACACAUCCUUUACCUUCUUAAAAUGUGGAUGAACCAGAAUAAAGAUCAGGAAAAGAUUUACAGCAUCAUUCAAGAUGUGAAUGAGUGUGAAAGGGUCAUCUCAAGGCGUGUAGGUUUUCAAAACCUGACCCUGGACCACUUCAAUGCCAUCAUCAAUAGCCUACCGGGAAACAAAGUGAAGGAGAGUGACAUCCAAAGAAUCGUGAAAACAUGCGACUCCAAGCAGUAUGUGCUGCAGCUCCUCAGCCUGUGGAAGAUUCAGAAUGGAGACCAGGACACGGCAAGUGGCCUCUUACAAACUGUCAAAAAGCUGAAAUCCCACAAAGUGCCCAAGAGGUUACUCCAAGGCCUGAAGAGGAUCAUUAAGCUCUUUAACAGCUCUGCCAUCUAUCGAAUUUAUCAGAAAAUGUUCUUUGAAAUCAUCCAGGGAAGCAAAUGCUGGAAUUCCAAAGUCUUCAACGACUAGACGCCCCAUAUUUCUAUAACAUCCGAUGCAGCUACCAUAGCUCACUCGUGCCCGGGUGCCCUCUGUAUCCUAAAGUACAAGAUGAGCUUGGUCUCCAUGCAGAAUGCUUUACUUUACCUCUACGUUGGACUUCAGUUCCAGAGCUAUUUCUGACUAAAGGUUGCCAUCAAUAAGCAAAAACUGCCCUUGGUGGAAUUUUUGAUACUCUCCUGCAGGAUUACCGAUAGGCAGUUCUGACUACUAACGUACAAUAAGCUGUUAUUAUAAACAUGGCAGCUACUGCAUUAAGGUCACGAAGACCCUAUAGUGAUUUACAAGAGGUUUUUUUCUAUGUUAUAUGCAUGUUUACGGGUACAGCUGGCAUAAAAACCUGUUUCAGAUGUAAUGUGGGUUGGGCAACGAGCUCCAAAAAUAUGUCACAAGGGAUGAGCACAGGGAGAAACAAAGCAGUCAACAAAAGGCAUCCCAUUGGUAGGUUACAGGCACAUGAAACCUACGCCCAGCUCACCUCCCAACUGGAGGUGGCCUUCACUUCUAGGCUAUCCAUGGAGUCACUUCCAGGGUCAGGCCUAAAGGUUCUGUGGCCACGCUAUACUGAAAUGAUCCUAAAAUAUCCCUAUGUAGAUAAACCCCGCCACAUAAAUUUUUACAGGUCAAGGCACUGUGUUAGCAGGACACUGUUAUGUUAAGAAGUGUAGUAAUUACUAUGCAACUCACCGUACUACAUGGAACCCAUCAUGGAUUAUAGCGCCCCAUCUAAGUAGUUCAAUUAAUUUCUAAAUUAUAAGGUGUUUACUACAGGCACUCAAGUAUUAUGUGACGUACAAUGGUAUGACACAAAACCUGUAAAAAUUUCAAUAUUGGUCCAUUGAAUGCCUUUGACCCUUUUACAGGGCAUAACACCAUGGCACAUUUCACCCUGCACGUCCUUAUUUGGGGACAACACCAGGAGACUGCAAUCUAGCAUUCUGAGGCAGGUUUUCUGGAUUCUUUUAAGGCUGACAUAUUUUCCCUCUCAAUAGGCUUCUUAAAGAUCAUUAGCUUCUGCUCUUGCACAGCUUAGUUCCCCCUGGUGGUUCCACUUGAAAGCUGCACUUCAGCUGGCUGCCAGUGCAGAUUUUCAAUUUAUUUAGAAGGCCCAUGGCAGCCUAUUGCAAUGCUGUACCAGCUGAGUAGCCUUUUACAUUUGCAGCCACCUCCCCCUUAAUGUAUUAAUAUGUCUAAACAUUUGAAGGUUAAGAGCUGUUUAAUGUACAGUCCUGGCCAAACCAUGUAUGGCGUGUGAUUACUUUGAAACAAAAAUAUUUAUAUUUGAAAAGACAGAUUUUAAGUGAAGUUCAUGUAAAAUAGAAUUGGGAUGGAUGUAUAUUAUAAAUAUGUCAUAAUACCAUAAUUGUGUAAAAUGUCACAUAAAUUAGAAUCCCCCAAAAUAUGUAUGACCCAUUUUGGUUAAUAGGUGCCAUACAAAUGGGCUUAGAAGGGUUUCACGGGGUAGAGCUUAUCCUAAUAACACUGGGUACAAGACAGAAGGCAACUCUACUUGGGAGACUAAUGUGUGGGUGAUGCUGCCAUACCCAGUUGCGUAGGGCCCAUUCAACAGGGGGUGUGGAUGACUCCAGAGCCUGGCACAAUUUUCACCCAUAGAGAGGAAUGUACAAUAAUUCUAGCACAUAAAGUGAUAUUAAUGAAACAACUUCCCUUUUUUAAAAAUUUCAAUUGGCCUUUCAAGAAAGAGAAACAUGUCCUUGUGAACAGUGUAGAUCAGUACCUGGUACUGUACAUUUCAGUGACACCUCCUUCUGGCCAGCUCAGUUUGCUGUUUUGAUCUACCAGAAUUUCUCCACUCAACUUUCAGAUCCUUUUGCCCAAGAAUGACUGCUUAUAUUUUAUGUUUUAUUAGACGUUAUCCUUCUUGACAAAAGUGGAAAAGACAAACCCCCACCAAAAAUUGGGUUCUAACUAUUUAAUCCAAUUCUGUUUGUAAUCAGAGUUCAGACCCUUCUCUAGGACAUGCGGUUCUGUUCAGGUCCAGUCCUGUUAACUGUCGGGCAGGUCACCCCCUCAUCCCAGUGUGUCUUCCAUAAUGCUGAGCCGUUCAGAUUAUCAUUAAUAAUCUCAUCAUGAUGCC